UAAAUUUAUAGAUCAUUUAAUUUUGACUGUGUCUUAACAUCGUACACAAAAUAAUGUGUAGAAUAUUAUUAAGGGUUUUAUUUGCUUUGAAUUUUCAAUUUGUUUUAUCAAGCUUAUUGAUAAAUGGAGAUAAAAAUAUGUGCAGUGAUUUAAGCUUACUUAUCAAUGAAGAUAUUGACUUUUUGAAACAAGAAAACAUCAAGUGUGUGUACUCGAAUGUAUUUAAGUUAAAGAAAGGAGUGUUAAGUGCAGAUAUUCAAAUUAAACAAAUUAAUAAUGAAGAUGUACUUAAAUUUUUCCUAUAUUCUAAAAGAACUGAAAGUGUCGUUGCACGAAAAACGUUCAAAAAAGAAGAUUUAUUCAAUGGAUCACAAUCAAUUUAUUUGGACUUGAAUCCAGGAAGAAAUGGAGAUGGAUAUGUUAUUAUAUUCACUAAGUGCGCAAACUGCAAUGUCUCCAUACGAUCGCUACAAUUUUUACUCCAACCCUUUACUCAUGAAUCUACAAUCAACAGAAGAAAUUUACAAAGUCACAAUCGAUAUUUGGAAAAUAUUUUAAAUAAUGUAUUCAAUUCCAAAAGGAGACGUCGCUCCUUAUUUAAAACAGUCACACAACAUUUGAAUGAUCACCGUGAUUCACUGCUAAGAACAGAUGAAACAAUUAGUACUAAUGAAAACAUAGAAGUUACGGAAGCAAUAAGUAGCACCAAUACUGAGAUAUCAACAGAAAAUCCAAUUACAAAUACAGAAGUCAUUACAACUCAGAACACAGACCAAAGUUCUGAUGUUCCAACUUCAACAACUGAAUAUAUUGAUUCUACUAUUAUAGAUUCAACCUCUUUGUUAGAAAUUACAACAACUGAAAUCUCAGUUGAUCCAACAACAACAGAAACGACAGAAUUGUCUACUCAAAAUGCGAUCACUACGACGGAAUUCACUACUUUAGAACCUUCAACAGUUACAACUGAUGUCACAGAUUCUACUACACAACAUUUAAUUUCUACAACAGAAACAACUUUGAAUCCUACGACUGUUGAUUUUACAACUAUUACGACAGAUUCAUCAACGUCAGCAACAACAGAAUCUUUUACAACAAAUCCUUCUUAUGAGCCUACAACUGAAUUUACUGAUUCAUCUACUACAGCUUCAACUACAGAAGAGCCUUUUACUACCACAGAAUUCACUACAACUGAAAUCAUAACAGAGUCUUUUCCUACAAAUCCUACAACUGAUGUAACUGAUACUAGUUUAAUUACAACGGAAACAACUACUUUAGAUCCUAUUAUUGUUGACACAACAACAGAUUUAACAACAUUAGACCCUGAUACUACCACGGAAUUAACAAGUGAAAUUACCUCAGAAAUGAUUACCAAUCCCACCACAGUUGAAACAACAGUCGAUUUCACAGGUUCUACAGAAACAGAAACAACAACACAAUACCCUAUUACAAUAACAGAGAUAACAACAGAAAGUAGUACUACAGAUCAUACAACUGGUGUAACAGAUUCUAUUUCAACAGAUGCGACUACAACAGAGUUAACAACAUCGGAAAGUGUUCCAACAGAUGUGACUUAUUCCACUACAACAAUUAUAACAGAAUCUACUUCAGUUGAUCCUAUUACUACAACUGAGUUUUCAACAACGGAAAUCACAACAGAUCCGGUUAUUACAACUGAGUUCACAACAGAAAGUACUACUAUAGACCUUACACCUACAGAUACAACAACAGAUGUAACUGAUUCUACUACAACAAUUACAACAGAAUCGAGUACAACUGACUCUUUUACCACAACUGAGUUUACAACUACAGAAAGUUCUACUACAGACCUUUCAACAACAGAUGUAACUGAUUCCACUACAACAAUCAUAACAGAAUCAACAACAACAGAGCCUGUUACAACAACGGAAAGUACUACCACAGAUCUUACAACUAUUUAUAUAACAACAGAUGUAACAACAAGUACAACGGAACAUACUAUAGAAAGUAGUACCACAGAUCUUACAACAGGUGUAACUGAUUCCACUACAACAGAUUCAACAAUAACGGAACUUACGACAGAAAGUACUACCACUGAUCUUACGACUAUUGAUACAACAACGGAUGAAACUGAUUCUACUACAAUAACAACAGAAUCAACUACAACAGAUUUUUCAACAACUGAACAAACAACGGAAAGUAUUACUACAGACCUUACAACUGUUGAUACAACAACAGAUGUAACUGAUUCCACUACAACAAUAACAACAGACACAACGACAAUGGACCCUAUAACAAUAACGGAAUUAACAACGGAAAGUACUACUACAGAUCUUACAACAAGUUUAACUGAUUCCACUACAAUUAUUACAACAGAAUCAACUACAAUAGACCCAGGCACUACCCCAGUGCUUACAACGACUGAAGUUGUAACAACUACUAUAGAACCUAUCACCGACGAUACAACAAAUCCUAGUACAGAAUUUUCUACAACAACUGACUCUUCUACAUCAGAUUCUACAACUGAAAUUACAACAACUGAUGGUACAACAACUGAUGGUACAACAACUGAAGUAACUGACACGCCAAUACCAGGGCCACCAGAGGACACAGGAUAUUGGAUUUUGAUAACAAUAAUUAUUGUAGUGUCUGUAAUUGUUGUAAGUAUAGUAAUAUUUGCUGUUUAUAAGUUGAUAAAAACUCAACAGGCUUGGGAAAUGUCGCCUUUGAAACGGUCGUCGUAUAUGUCCGAUUUUGAUGGACUACCAACUUUGACGAAUCUCCCUAAGCGAAGAAGUGUUGAAGAUGGUUUUUGAGUAUUGUUCUUCCUCCUGGUGUUAGCUCUGGGUCUAUCUGGAGCAGAGCCAUGAAAUUUCUCCUGGAUUGAGUUAGUUAGGGUUUUACAUGACGUGACUCCCACGUGAACUGCACAAUCUUUGCAGUUAUCUGAAUGUCACGAUGUUUUCUCUCGCCGUAAGCGCAUCAGUUAACACUCAAACUAAUGUAGGUACAUAACUUGGUACUGCGUCAACUUAACACAUGGCAAAUAAAGGGUAUUGAGAAUUAUAAACAGGCAAGUAUAAUGAGAUGUUAAAUGACAGAAAAAAAUCAUAAUAAACUAUAAUCACACCAAGCAUUUCAUAUGUAAAGAGAAUAAUAAGUAAGAUAAAUAAGACUAUUAUUUUUACAUAAUAAAUUCUGAAAUUCAAUAAUUUGUUAUUGCUACGAUUGAUAUUCAUAGUUAUUUUUAUUUAAUAAGAAAAUUGGUGCCAAUAGUCCUAUAACCAAAUGCUGUUGUUGCUAUAAAAUAUAAAAAAGUUUUAUUGGAAACAAGAUAAAAAAUUUGUUCCUAUCUAAUUCUUUCUUUAUAUUUAGUUUUACAUAAAAUGUAUUGUCGCCCUUAGCGAAAUAUCAUUAAUUUAAGAUUACUUUGUACCUUAUUUCUGUAAUUAAAAACUGUGAUUAUAAGAUGAAUGAUAGUUAAUAUACGAAUAGUUUUGAAAAUAUAUAAUGUAAAUGAAUGUUAUUUAUGAACAGGAAUAUCCUAAUAAUAUAUUUGAAUUAUCAACGAAAUUCCUAGUUGUCGGUAUAAUAAAAGUAAAUUAAUUAUAUGACAAGAAUCUUAUCGCAUUUAUUGAAAUAUUUAUCACAAUAAAUCUAUUCAUCCAUUGCGUGGGUAAU